CACUCUCCUCUCUCUCUCUCUCUCUCUCUCUCCCUCCCUCCUCUCUUUUUUAUCUUCUUACUCCACACUUAAAAGAGAGAUAAAGAGAACAGAGCUUAGUUGAUGUCCCAAGUCUUUCACGAGAUCCCAUUCUUUCCCAUCUAAUCUCAGUUGGGCUACUCUAAGAUGACACCAGAAGCCAAGAAAUCUCAAGAUCUGAGGCCAUCUUUAGCCUUCUUCUGAGCUUUUCUUUAACCUCUUUUCUAGUCUCUUUUUUGGUGCUCCGUUUUGCUCCCCUGGUUUUAUAGAUGGAAGGAGAAAAAUUGCUGAAGCAUCGGUGCAAGGUGUGCCGGAAGAGCUUCCCGUCCGGCCGAUCGCUGGGCGGACACAUGAGGUCCCACUUCCACACGGCAGUGGCCGGGAGCUCCGAGAACAACGCCGAGGAGAGGCCGCCGGCGAGCAUUAGAGGAGCCAGCUACGGACUGAGGGAGAAACCAAAGAAGACGUGGCGGAUGUCGGAUUAUACUAGCGAUGAUGGUGAGAAGCAGUGCCGGGAGUGUGGCAAGGUGUUCCCGUCCUGGAGAGCUCUGUUUGGGCACAUGAGGUGCCACUCUGAGAGGGUGUGCCGAACUUCGGAGGAGCAAGAAGAGCAGGAGGGUUCUUGGAGCAAUGGCGGGCGGUCGGAGAGCGAGGCUGCGGUGAUGGCAGUGCCGAGGAGGAGAAGAGGAUCGAGAAGGAUGGUGGCGGUGAUCACUGCAAGUUCUUCGUCGCUGUCGGAGUAUGAGAGGGAGGAGGAGGAUGGAGCUAUAAGCCUUAUGAUGCUGUCGAGGGAUGUCUGGUACUGUGGCGGCGGCGGCGGCAGCGGCCGUGGUGUUGGUGGUGGAAUUCAUUCGUUGACCGAGUCUUCUGAUAAGAAUUCUGCAGUCUUUGAGGAGAGGGGAAUUGAUGAAGGGGAUGGGGAUGUUGUUCCAAGAAAUGGGGGAUGUUGGAGGAAUGGGCUCAAGAGGGUGGAAUCUGAUGCUUCUGAUGAUUGGUUUGACAGGGAUAAUGAAUUCAAGAAGCCCAAGGUCUGUAAUUCUGAUGCUGAUGAGCUUCAGGACUCUGAUGAGGAAUCGAAGAAGGAUAGCUCGAAGAAGAAGGAUCUGAAUUCUGCUGCUGCUGAAUUGGGGUUGAAGCCCAGAUUUGAUGGAAGUGAAUUCAAAAUCGAGAAGCAAAGAUUUGAUGAUUCUGAUGCUAAAUUUGGUAUAGAUUCUAUUGAAAGAUCCAGGUCCGAUGCUUCCGAUGGUGGUCUCGAUAAGGCUGCCAAGAGGAGGAGCCAAUUCGAGUGCUCGACCUGCAACAAGACCUUCCACUCCUAUCAAGCUCUCGGCGGCCAUCGGGCAAGCCAUAAGAGGAUGAAGGGAUGCUAUGGCAGUGAGAACAGCUUGGAGACUGAUGCUUCUGUUGAUCUGCCAGCGGUCGAGGAGAUGGUCGACCAAGGUGAGGGCAUUGAAGCUGCCAAUGGAUUGUCGAAGAAGGCCAAGGGCCAUGAGUGUCUGCUCUGUGGCAAGGUUUUUUCUUCAGGCCAGGCAUUGGGGGGUCACAAGAGAGCUCACUUGGUCAUGAACACUGAUGACAGAGGCGAUGCUGCAUGCCGUCAGACCAUCAUGAUUCAGCAGCAGCCUCUGGAGAUGCCCGACUUGCUCGACCUUAACCUCCCGGCUCCGGUCGAUGAAGAGUUUAACAGUACCAAUGGGAAUGCUGAGAUGAAGUCAUGGUGGGCUGGAAGCAACGUCAAGCAUGAACCUCUGGUGGGUGUGAUCUCCAAUUGAUGGGGGAAGUUGGAGGAGUGUGCAGGUUCUUCAGACAGCUGAUGAGUUCCUGUUGCAUUCAUUCUUUCAGAUUCAGUGCUGAGGUAACAGCUCCAUUUGCUGCUUACUGUUCAGAUUCUAAGUAGACUUAAACCUUUAAGUUCCUUUUUCUCUCUCUCUCUCUCCAUUGGAUCUUAUAAUAAAUCUGUGUUACAAUGAUCGCAAUAGUAGAGCUGAUUGAAGUGCUUAUGGAGGCCAGUGCUUGGUAGCACUUAACAAUACUGAUUUGAUUAGUUUGAUACUCCAUCAGUAAAACUGCUUCUGAUGUAAACCGGACGGUUCUUUGUGUUGGUUCUUUUUUUUUUUGGGGGAAUGGAAAAUACUGAUUGGCUUUUGUCUAGAAGUUCAUCAGGAAAAUUGAACAUUUUUUCCCAGCUCUCCUUGCAUUUUAUCACUGUCACUGAGAAUGGCAGUCUGGAAUUUGUGGUGUGGUGUAUGGUAGACAUUAUUAUUGCAAUGUGGACAAAAAAUGCCAAGAUUUUUCAGGUCCUCCUGCAGUUGUUCUCAAUAGCUUCUUCUAUACAGCCUGUUUGUGGUGAAUAUAAUAUUUCUUUUGUAUGUGCUUUCCACCAUAUCUAUUUGAAGUAAGUGUACAGGAUUUCAAUCUUAGUAUCCCUUUUGGGCAAUUGCUUCGCCUGUUCUGUAGCGAAGGGAUGGAAUGAUCUGAUCAUCUGAGACUGACCUCAUACUCCGGUCCCGGAUGAGAAUUUAAUUCUUUGGGAAAAAGAUUGUAAUCUGAGUACCUUUUAUCUCUCAGUGUUAGUUCUGCAAUUAUUGGUUAUUUUUCUUGAUAAUAUCCCACUCUCAGCUGAAUAAAACCUUGUUCUCAUGAAUUGAGAGAAUUGAAUG